UUGCGUGCUCACUUUACCGGCGUCGACUCUGGCUGCUCAUGUGUAGCUGUAAUUUUUUUUCGCUAGAGAGGUAGUUUUAUAUCGUAACGUUUAGGUAGCUACAUCUAGCUGAAAUAAAUUAAGUUAGCUAUUCGUCUUAAAAUGUUGUGUUUGAGUAGUUUGUCGGUCGCCCUCGCAGCGCUGGCUUUGGUACCGAGCAUUAGCGACGCUUUGAAAGAUGGGGAGUGUGAAGUGUGCGUGAGCUUCCUGGGAAGGUUCUACCAGUCAUUGCAAGACAACGACGUGAAAUUCACCAGCGCAGACAUCGAGAAGGCCCUCGUCAAAACCUGCAAAGACACCAAGGGCAAGGAAAAUCGCUUUUGUUACUACAUUGGUGGAACAAAUGAUGCAGCCACCAAAAUUCUCAAUGAGAUCUCCAAGCCCCUGAGUUACCACACACCAGUAGACAAGAUCUGUGAGAAACUGAAGAAAAAGGACAGUCAGAUCUGUGAACUGAAAUACGACAAACAGGUGGACCUGAGCACGGUGGAUCUGAAGAAGCUGAAGGUGAAAGACUUGAAGAAGAUCCUGGAGGAGUGGGGAGAGUCGUGCAAAGGCUGUGCCGAGAAGUCCGACUUCAUCCGCAAGAUCAAUGAACUCAUGCCCAAGUACGCCCCCAACGAAGCCAAAGCACGGAGAGAACUGUAACCAGAGGGAGAGGGGGUACAGACCUGGGAUUGUAUCAAGCAUCUCAAGAGUAGGAGUGCUGAUCUAGGAUCAGGGCCCCCCCCCCGUCCAUGUAAUCUUACUUAUUCUUUGAUCUAAAUGCCAAAUCUAAUCCUAGAUCAGCACUCCUACUCUGAGACACUUUGGAUGGAUCCCAAAUUGCACCCUAGUCCCUAUAUAGUGCACUAUCUUUGACCAGAGCCCUAUGGGGAAUAUGGUGUCAUUUAGGAUGUAGCCUUUGUUUAUACAGGCCCUGGGGAAGGGGGCCUUGGUGGUCCUGAGAGGGUAUUUUGUGGUGGGUAAUGUUCGCUGUGCGGUAUAUGAACCACCCGACAGUCUGUACAUGACCUUAGUUCCCUUUUUGAAGGGAUGUACUUUUUAAUUUGACUUAAUUAAUAACAGUAUAAUCAAAUAUAACGGGGGCUGGACAAGCUUAUAUGCAGAAGAUCCUAGACAGUAGGUGUAGUAAGACACCUGAUUCUACGUAUCGACUAAUCAUCAGUCUGCAAAUCGAGACCUUGAUUAUACCUGCACCCACAAUGUCAUUAACCCUCUACGAAUAAGCUUGGCCACCCCUGAAAUAUAUAAAAGAGGAGGGAUGGAGGAAGAGCAGAUAAAAUAAAAGGAUAUUUGCUGUUCUUUCACACAACCUUUCAUCUAAGACCUGAUGUUUAUUACAACCGUGCUAUACUUUUUCAUUAAAAUAUGAAAACCAGG